CGGCUCCGCCUCCCAGGAGGGCCGGGCCGUGGGGGGCACAGAGGGGAGGAGGCCGUUGCCAUGUCGCCCCCCGGUGACCCCAGGCGUGUGCGGUUGGGGGCGACUGCACGUGUGAUGGGUGUUGAUGGCCCCUGGGUGCGAAGAAAGAGUAGGAGGCGCCGCGAUGUGCCGCCAGGAAGGCCCCCGCCCAGGUGCUGGGCUUGGCCGCGAAACAGCGCAAGCGGGAGGCCAGGGAGGCCGGCUACUGCAAGGAGGGUGGAGGGACGGGCCCCCUCCCAACAGUCCCAGCGGCCUGUGCUGAGUAGCAAAAGCAGCGAAUCCUGCGAGGAGUCCUCUUCCGAAAUGUCCCAGAAUGGAUUCGUUGAGGAUGUAGUAGGCUACCUCAAGUGUGACAUGGACGAUGCCUCGGAAACCCGUGAGGAGAACCUGGGGGAUGAGGCCUUCGACACGGUCACCUCCUCCAUUGUGUCUGGCGAGAGCAUCCGUUUUUUUGUCAACGUCAACCUGGAGGUGCAGCCCGCCCAGGCUGCCGAGAGUGAGUCGCCGGGCGGCUGCGGGCUCCUACACACCUCCCGCAAGUACCUGAAGUUAAAGAACUUUGAGGAAGAGGUACGUGCACACCGGGACCUCGACGGCUUCCUGGCACGGGCCAGCAUCAUCCUGAACGAGACGGCUACCUCGCUGGAUGAUGUGCUGCGGGCCAUGCUGUCCCGCUUAGCCCACGACCCCCACAACACCGAGCCCGACUGCAAUUUGCGCCUGUUCAUGGCCAUGCUCUUCACGGAUGCCGGGGCUCCCAUGGAGGGUAAAGCCCACCUGCUGUCAGACACCAUCCAAGGGGUCACUGCCACGGCCACAGGGGUGCAAUACCAGCAGUCCUGGAUCUGCAUCAUCUGUACCUCCAAGGCCCUGCAGAAGCGGCACGUGUGCAUCAGCCGGCUGGUUCGCCCACAGAACUGGGGGGAGAACUCGUGUGAGGUGCGAUUCGUCAUCCUGGUGCUGGCCCCGCCCAAGAUGAAAAGCACCAAGACUGCAGCUGAGGUGGGGCGCACAUUCGCCACCAUGUUCUUGGACAUCACCUUCCGCCAGAAGCUCCUGAACACCCGCACGGAGGAAGAAUUCAAGGAGGCUCUGGUGCAUCAGAGACAGCUGCUCACCAUGGAGAGGCAGCGUUCAUCCAUCGGGACAAAGGGUUACAUGAACUCCAUCAGCAUACACAAAUCCCCACAGCCUCCGAAGCACAAGGACUUUCUCCCUAUGGGGAAGGGCAUCCGGGAGGACAUUGCCCGCAGAUUCCCUGUGUAUCCACUGGACUUCACUGACGGCAUUAUCGGCAAGAAUAAGGCUGUGGGCAAAUACAUCACCACCACCCUGUUCCUCUACUUUGCCUGCCUCCUGCCUACCAUCGCUUUUGGGUCCCUCAACGAUGAGAACACCAACGGGGCCAUCGAUGUGCAGAAAACCAUAGCAGGGCAGAGCAUUGGAGGCCUCUUGUACGCACUCUUCUCUGGGCAGCCGCUGGUGGUACUGCUGACCACUGCGCCCCUGGCCCUCUACAUCCAAGUAAUUUCUGGCAUCUGUGACGACUACGAUCUGGACUUCAACACCUUCUACGCGUGGACGGGCCUGUGGAACAGUUUCUUUCUCGCGCUUUAUUCCCUCUUCAACCUCAGCCUGCUCAUGAGUCUCUUCAAGAGGUCAACAGAAGAGAUCAUUGCCCUGUUCAUUUCCAUCACGUUCAUGCUGGAUGCUGUCAAGGGCAUGGUUAAAAUCUUCCAGAAGUACUACUAUGACAACUUUGGGAACCACCACGAAGACAACACUUCUAUGGUGAGCCUGCUGGGCCUCGGCACCAGCCUCAACACCAGCCUCAACACCAGCCUCCACACCGCCCUCAACACCAGCCUCCUGGCGAGCCCCCUGGAGUUGACCUCCGUAAGCGGCCCUGGUACUGAGCACCCGGGCCGGGAGACUGCUGUACUGAGCCUCCUGAUCAUGCUGGGCACGCUGUGGCUGAGCUACACCCUCUACCAGUUCAAGAAGAGCCCCUACCUGCACCCCUACAUGAGGGAGAUCCUGUCAGACUGUGCCUUGCCCAUCUCGGUGCUCACCUUCUCCCUCAUCUGCUCCUACGGCUUCCGGGAAAUUAAAAGUGAGUUGGGCUCAGGCAGGGGCCGAGGUGGGGUGGGCUUGCUCCUCGGGGCUGCAGGCUUGAGCAGGGGCCUGUACCCUGCUGCAGUGAGCCAGUUCCGCUACAACCCCAGCAAGAGCCUGUUUGAGGUAGCCGAGAUGCACUCCCUGUCCCUGGGCGCCGUCACCAGUGCCAUGGGCCUGGGCUUCCUGCUCUCCUUGCUCUUCUUCAUUGAGCAGAACCUGGUGGCUGCCUUGGCUAAUGCCCCAGAGAACAGGCUGGUGAAGGGCACCGCCUACCACUGGGACCUCCUGCUCAUCGCCAUCAUCAACAGUGGGCUGUCUCUGUUUGGGCUGCCCUGGAUCCAUGCCGCCUACCCCCACUCCCCACUGCACGUGCGGGCAUUGGCCAUGGUGGAGGAGCGUGUGGAGAACGGGCACAUUUACGAGACGAUCGUGAAUGUGAAGGAGACACGGCUGACUACGCUGGGUGCCAGCAUCCUGGUGGGCUUCUCCCUCCUGCUGCUGCCCUUCCCCCUGCAGUGGAUCCCCAAGCCGGUGCUCUACGGCCUCUUCCUCUACAUCGCGCUCACCUCCAUUGACGGCAACCAGCUCUUUGAGCGCGUGGCCCUGCUGCUCAAGGACCAGACCUCGUACCCGCCCACCCACUACAUCCGGAGGGUGCCCCAGCGGAAGAUCCACUACUUCACGGGCCUGCAGGUCAUGCAGCUGCUGCUGCUCUGUGCCUUUGGCAUGAGCAACCUGCCCUACAUGAAGAUGAUCUUCCCCCUCAUCAUGAUCGUCAUGAUCCCCAUCCGCUACAACCUGCUGCCCCGAAUCAUUGAAGCCAAGUACCUGGACGUCAUGGAUGCUGAACACUGAGGCCCUGGCCGUGUCCCAUUCACCUGUCCCUUUGGCUCUUCCCAGGCUGACUGUAGCCAUGUGGGGAGAGGUACGGGUGUCUUUUGGGGUGUUCCUGUGUGCUGCACUCCCUCCCAGCUGUCCCAACAGGCCUAGGACAUAUGGGCAUCAAGGUGGGGGGGGUGUUCCGUGGCGUGUGCCCAUCCCUGUCCCCAUUAGCCUUUCGCUUGGGUCAGUAACACUGCUCAGGACAACUUCUGCCCAGAGUGGAACUAAAGCCGGAUUUUCUUUUGAUAAAAGAGUCAGAUGUCUGAAAGAGAAACCAUUUCCUUGAUUGUAUAAGGAAUUUGCUGUGUGUACAUUAGAGAAUAAAGCUCCCGUUUCUACGCUUCCA